AUGCUGUUAGACAAAGGCGUCGACGUCAACGCGCAGGGCGGACACUACGGCAAUGCACUCCAGGCGGCUUCAGCUAAUGGCCACAAAGACAUCGUAACGCUACUACUGGACAAAGGCGCCAACGUCAACGCGCAGGUCGGAGACGAGUACUAUUCAUGCUCUUCACUCUGUGCAGCUUCAAAGGGAGGCUACAAGGAUAUCGUAACGCUAUUGCUAGACAAAGGCGCUAACAUUAACGCUUAUGUGGGGUCCGACGGCAAUGCACUCCAGGUAGCUUCAGCUAGAGGUCACAAAGAUAUCGUGAUACUACUACUCGACAAAGGCGCCGAUAUUAACGCGCAGGGCGAAGGUAGUGAAACUCCACUCUAUACAGCUUCA